AUGAUAUUCACGGAUGAAUCAACGACUUCUUUUAAAGGUGUCAUGACUGUGUUGAUGCAGUUUGGUCAGAUCUCUGAACAAGUAGCUGAGGUCUAUAAUAAGAGCAUAGAAGAGAGACUGUCUGAACUGGAUGAAGAUGGUGUAGACGCUUCAGAUGAUUCCUCUCAGCAGUCAACUCACCGGACUCUCACCAUUGAAGAAAAGAAUGAACUCUUUCUUAAGUGUACUGAAACAGAUGUGAAGGGGAACUAUUUUGGCAUUGGAUCUCUUAAGGUGACCCUUAAGAAAGGGAAAAGAAAAGAAAGCUAUGCUAGCAGCUCUUCUUCCUCCAUUACUGAGCUUCAUGAUCAACUUCGUCAAAAGAUGGCUGAGCACGACGCAGAGAAUGCUCGACGUGAUGUGGAGCAACAAGCAUCUCAAACUCGGAUUGCAAACUUGGAGAGGCUGGUAAUGUAUUGAAAAGAGAGUGAUCCUGCCUUUGUAGCUUUUGUUGCAUCUCAGCCACAACCAACUGCACCAGCCACCACAGCAGCUGCCAAUGCAACAGCCACCGCCAAUGCACCAGCCACAGCCGCCACUGCACAAAACAACGCAGAAGAAAUGGCUGGAGAAACCAAUCCAGCCACUGCACCAACAGGAACCGUCGCAGCCACAACGACACCUUCUCCAUCCUUCUAAGUACUUUUGUUCUUUCUCUUAUGAACAUGAUGAACAUGAUGGAUCUUUUGAAUGUAUAAGGUUAUGUGUAAGGCUUUUGAUUAGCAACAUUAAGGAUUUAAAUUAGCAACAUUUUGGAUGUAUUUGAAUUCGGAAUAUUUGUUUUUAGAAUC